UUUGAUAAGAGAUUUCGGUUUUGAUUCUGCAUCAAAUACGUAGUUUAGAAGAAUCAUGGGCGACACGAAAACGUGUUCUAUUCGUAUCUGCCAAGAUGGGCAUGCAAAUGCAUUGGCGCUAAACCGAGAGUGCACACAGAUCGCUGUUGCUGGAAGAAGCCUAUUGAAAGUAUUUUCCAUCGAAAAUGAUGGAUUUACCGAAGUGUGUAAUAUGCGUGGAGGAAAAAAUCAAAACCUCAGCUACUCAUCGAACGACGUUGCGUGGAGUUCACUGGACACCAAUAUUCUUGCUACAGCAGCAACAAAUGGUGUAGUGUCGGUGUGGGAUCUCUCGAAAUUUGGUCGACAGAAGCAGUUAUUGGUGUACAACGAGCACGAACGGACAGCGCACUCGGUCGCAUUCCAUGGAACGGAAGCAAACUUCUUGAUAUCCGGCUCCCAGGAUGGUACCAUUAAAUGUUUUGAUCUACGCAUGGAUAAGACCGCAAUCAAUACCUACUUUAGCAACUCCGAGAGUGUGCGCGAUGUAAAGUUUAGUCCACAUGCUCCGAACACAUUCGCAGCAGUGUCGGAGAACGGAACGGUUCAACUAUGGGAUAUACGGCGCACCGAUCGAUGUACGGCACAGUUCACGGCUCAUAGUGGACCGAUUUACACGUGCGAUUGGCAUCCGAAUCAGUCUUGGCUAGCAACAGGCAGUCGGGACAAGCAGAUAAAGGUGUGGAACACUAACCCGAAAAAUUCAUCGCUGGAAACGACCAAAAACGUGUCACUUGAAUACACGGUGCAUACGAUCGCUGUCGUAGGUAGGGUUCGUUGGAGGCCGGACAAAAUGUAUCACAUAGCUAGCUGUGCCUUGGUGGUGGACAACAGUAUCUACAUAUGGGAUCUUCGGCGACCGUACAUACCGUACGCUUCCUUCAAUGAGCACUCCAACGUAACGACUGGAAUAGCGUUCAAAGGAAACGAUCGCCACGUGCUUCUUUCUACCAGCAAAGAUUCAACCAUAUUUAAGCAUGUGUUUAAAGACGCCAAGCGGCCAGCAUUGCAGUCGAACCCGCAAGGGGCAAACUUUAAUUACAAAGGCGAUCUGCUGUACGCGUAUGAAAUGAAGCUGAUUCCACCUCCAGCGCCGUCGAGUUUGCUGAGUCAAGGGACUGCUCUGUUAGGAGCCCGGCAGAAAACGCCUCCAUCGGCAGACCAGUUUCACCUAGCCCGGUCAAACCUCACCAACUUUCUCACCAAAAGUCUCGGUGUGAACGAGAAGGACGUAACAAAAACUACCCUGCUGAAAGACUAUCAUGCCUUGAAAGGUUGCGCCAAAGAGUACAUGCUGACGGGAUCUUCCUUGACGGAGAUUUGCUCACACAAUGCAAGUGUAGCGAAGAAGUACGGUAAAUCGAACGUAAGUUUUUUGUGGAAUUUUAUUAGUCAACUUUAUGCGUAUAGCUCGAUAGCAAAUGUUAAGUUAGAGCAGCGCAAUUCGAAUAUAAGUCAGCACAAUAUCGGCCGUUUGAUGGCACAACAUUCUAACCAAUCUAGUACCGGGCGUAGCGAGGAUAGGGUAUUGGGUAGUGGAAGCAAUCCGAGCCUAGGAACAACACAUGCCGUAAGCAACAACAGUACCGAUGAUUUUCUCGAGUUCUCCAAUAGUAAAAACCCCGUUGAAUCCCACGGUUUGGGACAAAUUCUUUCCGUAGACAUAGAUCCGGGCAAGUGUGAGUUUGUUUUUGGCGAAACGGAAUUAACAUUCGACUCGGUCGAUUGUAUUAAAGGAUUUCGGGACGGGUUCCUCUACACGGGGCCGCACGACCUGGUGAAGGAUUAUACAUUUCCCACCUCGAACCUGAUGAAUGCACACGAGCUACAUCACACACACCCUCGGAAGCAUCUGGUGACGGAAAAGUCUCAGGAAACUUCGCCACCACCGAAUCCGGCACCGAGCUUUUUGAAAAUUUCCGACCACAACCCUACUCCCUCGAUUUGGGAGCCACACCAGGUGCUGGCGGAUUGUUUAACGUUGCAGACAGAAGUUGGCGAUGUUCAAACGUCAUCCUGCAUCCUGAUGGCUCUCGGAGAGCGGAGGCACAGCUUGCAGAUAGACGAGUGUGUCCAGGAAAACUGGUUACUUUCGUAUAUCGAGCUGCUGCAUCGGCAUCAGCUGUGGAACGAAGCGACCCAGGUCAUCAAUUUAAGCUGGAUUCGGUCGGUCUCGGAGCUCAAUCAGCAGUCAACUACGAUGUACACAAACUGUGGCCAAUGCUCCAAGCAGCUGCUAAAUUCCGUUGGCUGGUACUGCUCGCGGUGCAAAUCUGCGCAAAGUUCUAAAUGCAGUGUCUGCAAUGGGGUUGUCAGGGGAUUGUACGCGUGGUGUCAAGGAUGUUCCCAUGGUGGUCAUUUGGAUCAUUUGAAGCAUUGGUUUGCUAACAAUUCAAAGUGUCCCAAAUGUGGGCAUUUGUGUGAAUAUGAAUAAGCCUUUCAAGUGAAGUGAAGUUAUUGUUAAUUUUUUAGUUAAUUGUUUUGCAGUAAACAUUAAUUCAUUUGUUGAUAAUAAUAAACAGUUUUGUAAGAA